AUGAGUGGCAUUGGUGAAUCAAGGACAGAGCUGCUUAAUUGGUUGAAUCAAUUGUUAAGUUUGAACUACAAGAAAGUGGAAGAAUGUGGUACCGGCGCGGCAUAUUGCCAAAUAAUGGAUUCAAUCUACCAGGAUAUACCAAUGCAUAGGGUGAAAUUCCAUGCAACGGCGGAAUACGAAAUGCAAACGAAUUACAAAGUUUUGCAAAGUUGUUUUACAAGACAUAAUAUUGAGAAGACUGUGCUCGUGGAUAAAUUGAUCAGGUGCAGGUUUCAGGAUAACCUGGAAUUUUUACAGUGGCUGAAAAAGUACUGGGUUCAAAAUAGGGACAGUGCUGCGGAUUAUGAUCCUGUUUCAAGGAGAAAAUUUAGACCUGCGCCAAAUGGCAGUGGUACAUCCUCGAAUUCUUCUCUUAACAUUGCUAAACGUAGAAGUAUUGCUACCACAGGGACAAAUACCAGUAGUGGAACUUCACGUCCAUCCUCUAUCGGCUUCAGGAAAAUUUCGAGCGAUCAGUUGUCAGCCGUGCAGUCGGAGCUUUCGCAGGCACAUGGACAAAUUACUAAUCUAGAAAACGAAUUGGACACAUACAAAGAUGCUAUUACAAUUAUGGAGCGGGAACGCGACUUCUAUUUUGGCAAGCUAAGAGACAUCGAAAUUUUAGUACAGUCAUCCCAAGAUUUGAUCCAAGAAGGCAUUUACCCAGCUGACGAAAGUGGUGCUUUGGAAAAAUUCUUGAACAAAGUGCAACAAAUUCUUUAUGCCACGGAAGACGGCUUUGAGAACGGACAUCCGGCUGAUAACGAAAAUGAACGGGUGCAACCUGCGCAACCUGUGCAACCAGAGCAACGACUAAAUAACCAUAGCAAUCAUCCGAUGCUAUUGAUGGAUGGGGUGACACCAGACGUACCGACCCACAAUUUGAUUACGGACGAAGAGACAUUUUAG